AGUGCGGCCGCUGCAAUGACGUCAAAGGAGUGCGCCAAGAUCCCGGCCUUGAGGUGAAUUGCUGUGUAACGUCCUGAGACCGAGUAGCUGAUUUACCGGAAAGAAGAGCUCAGAGCAGCCAUGGAGUACUUGAUCGGGAUUCAGGGGCCUGACUACGUGAUGGUGGCCGCCGACACUGUGUGCGCCAACAGCAUCAUCAAGAUGAAGCAGGAUGUGGAUAAAAUGUUCAAGAUGAGCGAGAAGAUCCUUCUUUUGUGUGUGGGAGAGGCUGGAGAUACCGUGCAAUUUGCAGAGUACAUUCAGAAGAAUGUGCAGUUGUACAAAAUGAGAAAUGGAUAUGAACUGUCUCCCAGUGCAGCUGCCAACUUCACACGCAGAAACUUGGCUGACUACCUUAGGAGCAGGACACCUUACCAUGUUAACCUGCUGCUAGCUGGUUACGAUGAGCAUGAUGGCCCUUCCUUGUAUUACAUGGAUUACCUGGCAGCUCUGGCAAAAGCACCAUUUGCAGCUCAUGGCUAUGGAGCCCUCCUCACUCUCAGUAUCCUGGAUCGCUACUACAAGCCAGAUCUCACACGAGAAGAGGCAGUAGAACUUCUUAAGAGAUGUAUAGCAGAGCUUCAGAAGAGGUUUAUCUUGAGCCUUCCAUCAUUCAGUGUGCGUGUCAUCGAUAAGGAAGGAAUCCACGAUCUGGAUAACAUUCCGGCAUCAAGUGUAUAAUCUUUCCCUACAGUCUUUAUUUUUUACAUUGAUUUCUACUGUUUUUGGAAAUUAGCCUCAAUAAAUGAUCCCAAGAUGGCAAAGCUUGGGAUA